AUGCGCUGCGCAGACAUUAUGUGGUGGAGCCUGGGCAUCCUCGCUCUCCUCAUCCUCGUCAUACGCAUAUCAGAAACAAUAUGGGCCAAGCUGCGACAAGUGUCGGCCAUGUCGAGACCGCGAGAAGACCAAUACUACGAAGAACAAGCAUACUGGAAGACUUCUCAGUGGAGAUGGGUGCCCGGGCUCAAGAAGCACUUGCUCUACGCACCCCUUUGGAAGAAGCGACAUAACAGCCCGUUUCGGCUGGGCUUGGGCACGCUGCCUUCUCGACUAUUCAUCAUACUGAUCGUCCUCUACCUGGCCUCUAAUGUUGCCUCCAUGCUCGACCUGAAGCUGUCCAACCCUAAUCGAUAUGCUGUUCUUGCCGAGCUACGAGGCCGCUCUGGGACCCUGGCGGUUGCCAACAUGGUACCACUCGUCAUCUUAGCCGGCCGCAACAAUCCCCUAAUACCCAUUCUCAAGAUCAGCUUCGAUACAUUCAACCUACUCCACAGAUGGCUGGGUCGCAUUGUGGUCGCCCAGGUCCUAAUCCAUACUAUGUGUUGGAUUAUCCCCGUUGUUGCCGAUGGCGGCUGGGGUCUCGUGUGCAAGAUUAUCACCAGCACUACGUUCGCCACGUCUGGCACCGUCGGAGCAGUCGCCAUGCUUUUCCUGCUCUUGUUGUCGUUUUCACCCAUACGACAUGCCUUUUACGAAACCUUUGUCGACAUUCAUAUUCUCCUCGCAGCCACCGCCUUCGCCACCACCUGGAUUCACUGUGCUUCAGCCGAUGUUGAAAACGGGCUUCCCCAGCUGCCCUGGAUCAUGGCCAUCGUCUACCUCUGGUUCGCUGAGCGCCUUGCUAGACUGGUGCGGCUUCUCUAUGUAAACUGGUCUGGCGGAGCCCUCACUACAGCCCUCUGCGAAGCUUUGCCAGGCAAUCUCACACGUGUGACGGUGCACCUCCCGCGCCAUCUGAGUAUCAAGCCGGGCACGCAUGCCUACAUACGCUUUUGGGGUAUCAACGCCUGGGAGAGCCAUCCAUUUUCCAUCGCCUGGUUGGAUCAAGUCAAUGGUCCGACCUCGGCGUCCUUCCUUAUUGGCGCUCACACGGGGGUGACUCGCAAGCUCUUCAACAAGGCCAGCAGUUGUUCCACGGGCGUCCGGGUUAGGGCUACAAUCGAGGGUCCAUAUGCAGGAUAUCAUAAUCUCGACUCUUACGGCCACGUUGUCUUAUUUGCUGGCUCUACAGGGAUAACACACCAGUUGUCGUAUAUCAAGCAUCUCCUUGAGGGGCAUGCUGUCGGCACCGUCGCCACACGCCGUCUGGUGCUCAACUGGGUCGUUCGCGACCUCAACUCGUUAGAAUGGGUGCGCCAAUACAUAGAUGCGCUCCUCCAGAUACCCCAUAACGAAGACGUGCUGCACAUUUCAGUCUUCGUCACGCGCCCAACGAACCAAUACGGCAUCAAUACCAUCCCCGAGAUCAAGAUAUCCCGCGGGCGUCCCGACGUGUCUUUGCUCGUCGCCGAAGAGGUCCGCCAGCAGAUCGGGGCCAUGUGCGUCAGCGUUUGCGGAGCUGGAGGCUUGGCGGACGACGUCCGAGACCCCGCCCUCUCCCCCCAAAAGUUCUCCGCCCCUUGA